CGUAGAUUUCUUGAUUCAUAAUAAAACGAACAUAUGCCAAUAAUAAUGCUGCAUUAUCAGGUAAAGUUGACUCGUCCAGUUGUAUAGAGAAAUGGGUUUAUUGUUGCUUAAGGGAAUUCUUUUAAUGAUAUCCGAUGCAGGUUUGUGUAAAACAGUUUUUAAAACCUCUUCAACGGCUGGCAAAAUUAACUUCUCUUCGAUAGUAUGCGGUUUUUCGGAUUUUGCUAUAAGUAACGAGGUAUUGUAAGACGCCCGCAAGCCAUCAUCAUUUCUUUGUGACGUCGAAGCGAACAUUCUGUCCAGUGUAG